UAGCCAUUGGUCACACUAGUAAGGUUGUUCAACUUGUUCGGUUCUUCCAAGUCUCAUCAACCUUGUUAUCUCCGCCUCCACUUCAUUCUUCUCCUUCAAAUCUCCUUCACCUUAAAGCCUAAAAACCACUUCGUUUUUGUCGCCCCCAAUCCGUCUUCUCCAAAGACCCCUUUUUUUCAAUGGCUUCUAUGGCUAUAUCCCAAUCUGUCUUUUCCACCCCCACUUCUCAAAGAUUUGAGAAUGCCUCUUUUCCAUUGCCCUCAUCGAUGCUCAAACAAUCUCUUGUUACCUUCAGAUCUCAUUCAUUGUCCACCCAUUGCAAGAAGAUACGGAAUAGUGUCAUCACUAACUGUGCUGCUCCAGACAAUGAUUCCAAAAUCGAAACCCCAAUUGAAUUGAGGUACCCAGCAUUUCCUACUGUGAUGGAUAUCAAUCAGAUUCGCGAGGUUUUGCCCCAUCGUUUUCCGUUUCUUCUAGUGGAUCGAGUGAUUGAAUACAAUCCAGGAGUGUCAGCUGUGGCCAUCAAGAAUGUGACUAUCAAUGAUAAUUUCUUUCCUGGACACUUCCCUGAGAGGCCAAUCAUGCCUGGUGUCCUCAUGGUUGAGGCAAUGGCCCAAGUUGGGGGCUUGGUCAUGCUCCAACCUGAAGUUGGAGGCUCCAAACAGAACUUCUUCUUUGCUGGAAUAGACAAAGUAAGGUUCAGGAAGCCAGUGAUCGCUGGUGAUACUUUGGUAAUGAGAAUGACACUGAUCAAGCUACAAAAACGUUUUGGAAUAGCCAAGAUGGAAGGUAAGGCAUAUGUAGGAGGGGAUGUAGUCUGCGAGGGUGAAUUCUUGAUGGCUACAGGCAGUGAAUAAUGCUGUGAAAGCUACUACUAGGAAUCUUUCCUAGCAUCUAGAUCAGUUCUUUCCUCCAUCCAGCUGCCCCAUUAAUGUUAAACUAGGGAAUCUCAUAAUUUUCUUUAUCUGAAAGAGUAGUUGCAAUCUAUGAGCUUUUGGUUUCUUUCCUUGCCAAAGAUAAACAGGAUGAAUGCGAAUUACUGUAUCUAUGAUAAGGUCAAGCUCUUUGAGUGCAUUGUUAUGACAAUUAUGAUUCUGGUUGUAUUAAUAUGUUUCAUCUUAUAAUCCAGGAGGCAGCAAAUAACUGACAACUCUGCCAUCCUGGUUGAAUUAUUUAUUUGGAAGGGUUUGUGCAACAUUUUAAUCAAAUUUACAUUUGUGACUGCAAGUUAUACUCAUUCUUGAA